AUGAAAUUAUCAAAUUCAAUUUUAAUUUUAUUUGUAUUUUUAAAUAUUUCAAUCGUAAAAGCAGAAUAUAAAUCAUUUCUAAUUCAAAUGGAUGGUUGUAACAAUAUAAUGGAAACAAAUAUUGGUCAAUGUACAACAAAUAAAUGUAAUGAUACAACUUCAUUUAAAAUCACUCAUGUUUCUGGAAAUUUGUAUGAACUAUAUUUAUAUAAAAAUAAAUGUGAAACUGGUAUAAAUUAUUCAUUUAUAAAUUGUUCAACAAUACCAAUUGAAAAUCAAAAUGGUCAAAAUGGUCAAAAUUCAAUAUUACCUCAAAUUAAUUUAAAUGGUAUUGAAGCAAAUAUUAAUGAUGGUAAAAUUUCACUUUCAAAAUUAAAUUCAAAAAUUUAUUGCUUUAAUGAGAUGUCACAUUCAUCUCAUGAUGAUGAUUUUUUACAAUUAAAUAAUUUUAAUCAUCAUGAAACUGAUUUAUCCUCAAAUUCAAUUAAACAUUCAAAAUAUAAUUUUAUAACAUUAUUCUCAUAUUUAUUGGUUUUAUUAAUUAUUUAA